AUGAUGGAAACGCCGACAGUUGAUACUACGACCACAAGUGGAGGCGAUCCACUCAAACAACUUGCUCAGUUAUUUGAACUCGGCGACGAUGCAAUCAAUCUCGAUUAUUUGAGUCUAUGUGUUACAGCAAGCAGCGUGGAAGCAGCGUGCGACACACUUUCCGCCAAAUAUUUGGAUAUGAAGAGUAGCGAAAGUGAAAGUGCGAACCGAGCAAUACAUCAAAUGACAACACAUUCUUCAUCGGCCAUCAUUCAGAACGUAUCUUUGUCGCAGGUCAUUUGUCAGAUUCUGGUCAAACAAAAUCAACCAGUUGUGAUCGAAUUCAUUCAUAACUUUCUGCUAUUUCCACUUGCUCAAACUGCAUCAACACAUUCAAACAAUACCGAGAAAAUCAGUGCAUUGUCUCCGGAUAUUCUCAUUCAUGGAUCUCUAACAUCUGGUUGCACGUUAGAUGUUUUCAUUCGGACUCAGUUACAGGCUCGAGGUGGUACUAUCGAUGUCGGUCGUCCGCUUACUAAAUUUCCGCUAGUAGAACCAAUAACAUUAAUCGACGAAUUCGACACUUGGUAUUUCGAUCAUUUACGUGGACUAUUCGAGUUAACUCUUAUUCCUGAAAAGGAGGAAUUUCCGCGCAGAUGGAAACUGACAUCGGAUACUAAAAUCGUCUUCGUUUUCCAGUUCCCUAUCCAAUAUGAAAAUAAUGAACAAACCAGUCGAAAUACCGACCGACCGAGUACAGUAUCUCUAGAACGAUUUGUCAAUGACGUUUGCGAGAAAGAAAACAAUGGCAUGGCUGAGAAAUGGCUUGAAGGAUUGCGUCGAGACGAUCUGUUUACUUUCGAUCAUCUCGCCAAUCUAAAACAUAUGGAAUGGAGUGAAUUGAGGAAUUUAUCCAUGAAUGGAAGAAAGAUUCUGAAGUCAUACGUUGAUCGAGAAAAACAAAUGAUCGGCGAUGUCAACACAAUUACAAAAACAAAGACGAUCGAAAACACGAGUGACAUUCAAUCACAAUCGGAAAUACUCGCAUGUCUUCAUCAGAUUAAAUUAUAUUUUCAUCAUAAACUCGCCGAUCGAUUUGCUGAGGCUGGAGUUCCAUCUCCGGCUAAGUUGAAUCCUCGUUGUGUUCGUUUGUCAUUCGAUGAAAUGCGUCGUGAUGGGUUUGCGGAUGAUGGUCUUUUCGAUCAAAUGGAAAAGUUCUUUCUUGCACUUACCAUGGUCGAGCAAGACUUGGCGAUUGACGAAAAACGAUGGCGGUCGAUUGCCGAAGUUCGUCGGAACGAAAAAGAGCAACUGUUGGCGAAACAAGACCGUCUAUUCAUCGAGUUGAACGAGAAGGAGAAUGAAUAUUAUGAUCAUUAUGAUUCAAUUCGAAAACUACGGAAGGACAAUGUUUCCCAAAGAAGAGUGUCGAUAGGAGAGGAUGGAGAACGAUACGAAGCAUUUCCAGUGUCGGAAUUAAUCGAAGACCAUCAAAUAGCAAUGGAACAAUUGGAAUCAGUUCGAACCGACCUGCGAACCCAACUUCAGGAUACUAAAUAUCUGAUCGAUAACAUUGAGCAGACAUUGAACGAACAUAAUGUCCGUAGUGGCAGACACAAUGAACGAGAUCUGAUCAAGCCAAAUAGAGGUUUCAUUAUGUACGGUCCUCCAGGUACUGGUAAAUCAGAUAUCAUGAGUAAACUGUCGACACGUAUUGGUAUUAACAUGGUGGCCCCUCCACUCGCUGCUGGUGAACUCAAUCGACCACUCGUAGGUGAAUCUGAACGUAUCAUCUCGGAUAUUUGUAUGCGUUGUCAUCGAACACCACACCUGAUGUGUUGUGUGUCAAUUGAUGAAAUCGAUUCGUUAGCACCGAAGCGUACAGAUGAUUCCCGAGAUGGAGAUGUGGCUAAACUCAGUGUGUUGUUAUCGGUGAUUGAAGGAAUUAAAGACGUGCCGAAUUUGAUGAUUUUCUGUGCUACAAAUCGGUUACAUAUGAUGGACAAAGCAUUUUUACGACGUAUGUCCGGCAAAUUCUUUGUUGGACGUCCUUCGUCCCAUGCCCGGAAGAGCAUUUUGAGGGGCAUGAAAUCUUGGCAUAUGCCACCCUAUUUACUCGAAAGUUUGACUAUGGCAACAACCAAUUUCAGUGGGGCUGCUCUCAGAGCUCUUCGUCGAUCGAUUACGGUACAUUGUAUCGAUACUGAACGUGUUAAUCCUCGUUAUCAACUUGACUAUCGUACAAUGCUUGAACUAGCUGAUGCCACAGCCAAAGAUUAUCAUAUUUUGAUUGGUGCCCAAACUUUACCCACUCUUCUCUUACGUGAUAUCGACAAUAAUCAAUUAUCCGAAGCUACUCAUCAACCAACUGCCCGAUUCAAUGGUCUACCGAAUAAACGUAACUCAGUGUACACUGGCAAGAUAAUGGUUAAUCUGCAUGUACGUCGUAUUGAUGUCGAAGCAAUCCUCAUACAGCGAGGCACGGGUGACCGUGAAAAAGUUGUCUAUCAAGAAUUCUUACUCGGCUCAGAGACUGACUUACAGGAGUUACUUCCCCGUUUGACUUUCUACGGCAAAUCACGUAAUGUCCAACUUCUGCAGUUGAUCGAUCUCAAUUUACUCUCGGAAGAAAGUGCCUACGAUGAAAAACAGAAAUUCGAGAUUUUGAAAGAACGUCUUGAUGAAUGUGCCGAGUACCGUCGUUCGAUGAUUGUCUAUGAUUUAGAUUCAUUAAUUGGAGUGAAUAAAAGCGAAGGAAAUUCUUCCAUGGGUCGAUCGACAAAUUUCUCCUUGACCAAUCAAAAUGUCUAUACCUAUGUGAAAGAGAAGUUUCAACAUGCCUACAUCGAAGCACCACUGACGUCGCAGGAGGACAAUUCGAAUAACAACUUCAAUGAGGAAAAAUGGUCUGUCAUGGUUAUUAGUGAUCCAUUUCUUCUUCGUCAAUUUUGUGAUGAUGUUAAAUUUACUCGUCCACCAAGUGAAAUCGAAGAAGAAGAAGCCGAAAUGCGUCGCGCCGACGAACGAAUCAAAUGUGUUCAAUGUAAUGAUUUUUACAUUGAGCAAGAUAACAAGAUGGGAGUGUGUAACCAUCAUGAUGGAUUUGUGUACGACAAUCAUUCAUUGAAACUUGUCCCAUGGAGUCAAAGAGCUGCGAUGAGUCAAUUGUUGAAAGAAGAAGCCGAUGCCAUCAAGAGAUUGUCCACAACAACGAUGUCACCAGAAGAAAAAGAACGAUCAGAACGAGAAAAAUUGCGUUUUAAAUUCAUCUGUUGUGAUCAAACUGUACAGGUUGCAGGAGCCAUGGGUGGUUUCAAAAGUCUUUUCGAGAAAAUGACUUGUAGUCAUGAAGUACUCGCAGCUCGAUCAACUAGUGAUCAAUAUCAACUAAAUGCCACUCCUCCUUCCGAGGAACGUAUUGUACGAAUAUCUCAUUGA